AUGGAUUCUUUCAGCGGCUUAUCGGAAGAUAAUCCGCCGGGAAUGGCGCAUGUGGACUACAUUGCCCAUGUGAUCGUCAUGCCGAUCGUUCUAUCUGUUGGAAUGAUGAAUCAAUGCCUCAAUGUGUGCACUCUGCUACACCUUCCCGCAGGAUGCUUCAUGUAUCUCAAAGCCUCAGCUAUCGCCGAUAUUCUUAGCAUCAUUUCUUUUGUGCCAUUCCUUGUGCGCAAUGCAGAAUUACAUGAUCAAACAUGGUAUUUUGGAAUGAUGUAUCAUGCUCACAUCGAGCUUCCUCUCAUCAACGCUCUAAUAGCAGCAAGUGCUAUGAAUAUAGUGGCAAUGACUGUCGACAGAUACUUAUCGGUUUGCCACCCGAUCAAGUUUUUCCAUACAAAUGAAUCGAAAUUUCGGUCAAUUAUGAUAAUCCUCUCCCUUUAUUUGACGUCAAUCUUGAUUUAUGUUCCGUCGAUUUGGCAAAAGAAAGUUGUACCGCAAUAUUCAAAGGAACUUGAACGAAAUAUUUGGGUAAUUGAGCGAAACAACGAGUACGAGGAAAUGCAUUAUUUCAAAGUCUAUCUGUUUAUUAGAGAAGCGGUUUGCCGUUGGGGUCCCGUAAUUGUGUUGGUUGUUUUGAAUACAGCAAUGAUACGGAAACUGCGGAAAUUGGAGGAGAGACAAUCAAAAUGGGGACGAUCGUCUCGAAUUGGACGUGGGGGUCGAAUGUCAGGGAGAUCGAACAGAAGCGCGAGCACCGAUCGAGGACGUAUUUCAACUCUUCUUCUUGUCACUUCAACAACGUUUGUCAUUUGUAACCUUCCCGCCUCGUUCCUUUCAAUUUUUAUUCGUUUGGUUGAUAAUUCACUCUUUUGGCAAAUUUUCCGCUCAAUUGCUAAUCUUCUUCAAGUUACCAGCUAUCUUUACAAUUUUUAUUUAUAUGCAUUAUGCUCGUCCGAGUACAGAGAAGCGUUAUUCCGCCUACUCGGUUGCAAGAAAACUACAUCGCCGAUAUCGACUGGCGAUUCUCCAACAGUGCGACUCUCAGGAAACAUUCGUCGAGGAACAGUUGUUGACUUUGAAAAUCGUCACGCAAAAACAGUGCCAAUGGCUGAAGUCUAA